AUGGACAGACGCAGCAGAGCCCGCGCCCGCGUCAGCGCCGGCAUGUCCACCACCAGCGCAGCAUCAUCAUCACCCGCAGGAUCAAGAUCAGGAUCAGGCUCAGCACGAAAGCGCCCAGCACCCCCCACAUCAGAGCUCUCGAGCGCCAAAAAGCGCAAACUCCCCACCACCACCACCACCACCUCCUCCUCUUCUUCCUCCGCAGCUGCAACACCGGCUUCAAAGCGCCAGUCGACUGCCACCAAACCGUCCACCACUGCAGCGCCAGAAAGCGGCCAGGUCCGCCUACACAUCGUGUACAACUUCGGGCACGUGACGACGCACGAUGUGCCUUUGCGCACGCGGCUGACGGAGCUGUUUAAGCUCCACCAUGCGGCGGGGGGGCGUGCGCCGGGGCGCGGGGUGGUGUUGAAGCAGACGGGGGGUGAGGUUGUGGUCGGUGGCGGGCGGUAUUGGGUUGUUGGGGACAGGGGGGAGAGGAAGACGGUGGGGUGGGAGUGGGGGAGGUUUAAUGAGGGGUUGAGGGUUGGUGAUGCUGGGUGGGGGUUGGUCGGGGGGGUGGGGUGGGUGGCGUGUGUUAGGGUUGUGGGGAGGGGGAAGGGGAAGGGUGGGGAGGAGAGUGAAGAGGAGGAGGAUGAAGAGGAUGAAAAGGAGGAUGAGGAAGAUGAAGAGGAGAAGGAGAAUGGGGAGGGGGAGGACGAAGAGGAAAAGGAGGACGGGGAGGACGAACAAACCGAUGAGACCGGCGAAAAUGGCGACGAGGAGGAGGAGGAGGAUAAUGAGGAUGAAGAGGCGGAGUCGGAUGAUAGCGACGAGUUUGACGACGACGAAUAG